AUGCCGCUUGGCAGCAAGCAGGUCCUGACAGGGGACUUGCAGCAGCACCGUUCCGCGGCUCCCCCUCUGCCACCGCUGUGCUCCGGUUCUCCGGCAGUGAACACGGUUUAUUUUAUCUCUUUCACGUCCACCCGUAGUCUGAUGGGUGUUAUGCAGGCUCGCUGCAUGCAGAGAAGCUCAGAACGCCGUGAGCCGAGCAACGGAGCUAACGGGCGGCACUACAGAGCUGGAGAGCCGAGGACACCAGAGGGAGGGCUUUCGGCAGCCGCUCUAGAGGAACGGCCCCGGGGGCGGCUCCCGCUGGGCACGCAUCCGAGGGGCGAGGCCCUGGAGUCACGGCGCGAUGUUCCCCGGGCUACCCGGCACGGCAUGGCGGCCAACACGGGCAACGGCGGCGGCGGGACGGCGGCGGAGCCAGCGCACGCGGUGUCGCUGCUGCGGGGGCUGAGCGCUCUGCGAGCCGAGAGGAGCCUGCUGGACGUGACGGUAGUGGCGGGUGGCCGGGAGUUCGGGGCGCACCGCGCCGUGCUGGCCGCCGCCUCCGGCUACUUCCGCGCCAUGUUCGGCGGGGCGCUGCGGGAGGCGCGGGCCGAGCGAGUGCGGCUGCACGGCGUGGAGCCAGAGUGCCUGGCGCGGCUGCUCGACUUCGCCUACACCGGCCGCGUGGGGGGACUGGGCCCCGACAUCGCCGAGCGCCUGCUGCGCGCCGCCGACCUGCUGCAGUUCCCGGCCGUGAAGGAGGCCUGCGGCGCCUGGCUGGCUCGGCAGCUGGAGCCUGGCAACGCCUUGGACAUGCAGGACUUCGCCGAGGCCUUCGCCUGCCCAGCGCUGGCGGCCGCUGCCCACCGGUUCGUGCUGCGGCACGUGGGGGAGCUGGGCUCCCAGCUGGAGCGGCUGCCACUGCCGCGCCUGCUCUCGUACCUGCGGGACGACGGGCUCUGCGUGCCCAAGGAGGAGGCUGCCUUCCAGCUGGCGCUGCGCUGGGUGCGCGCCGACCCCGCCGCCCGCGCCCCGCUGCUGCCCCAGCUACUGGCCCACGUCCGCCUGCCCUUUGUCCGCCGCUUCUAUCUGCUGGCCCACGUGGAGAGUGAGCCGUUGGUGGCACGGUGCCCGCCCUGCCUGCGCCUCCUGCGAGAGGCCCGCGACUUCCAGGCUGCCCGCCUCGACCGCCAUGACCGGGGGCCCUGUGCCCGCAUGCGGCCCCGACCCUCCACCGGCCUGGCCGAGAUCCUCGUCCUGGUGGGCGGCUGUGACCGCGACUGCGACGAGCUGGUCACUGUCGACUGCUACAACCCCCGCACUGGCCACUGGCGCUACCUGGCCGAGUUCCCCGAGCACCUCGGCGGCGGCUACAGCGUUGCAGCGCUGGGCAACGACAUCUACGUCACUGGGGGCUCGGACGGGUCAAGGCUCUACGACUGCGUCUGGAGGUACAACUCCAGUGUGAAUGAGUGGACAGAGGUGUCCCCCAUGCUCAAAGCCAGGGAGUACCACAGCUCCACAGUGCUGGAUGGGCUGCUCUAUGUCAUCGCCUCCGACAGCACUGAGCGCUAUGACCACACACUGGAUAGCUGGGAAGCCCUACAGCCCAUGCUCUACCCCAUGGACAACUGCUCCACCACCUCCUGCCGCAGCAAACUCUUCGCCAUCGGCUCCCUGGCUGGCAAGGAGUCCAUGGUCAUGCAGUGCUAUGACCCUGACAGCGACCUCUGGUCCCUGGUCAACUGCGGCCACCUGCCUCCCUGGUCCUUCGCACCCAAGACUGUCACGCUCAGUGGCCUCAUGUACUUCAUAAGGGACGACUCAGCUGAAGUGGAUGUUUACAAUCCAGCCAAGAACGAAUGGGAUAAGAUCCCAGCCAUGCUUCAGGUGCACGUUGGGGGCAGCGUGGCUGUGCUGGGUGGGAAGCUCUAUGUGUCCGGGGGCUACGACAACACCUUUGAGCUUUCCGACGUGCUGGAGGCCUAUGACCCCGAGACAAGGGCCUGGAGUGUCGCGGGCAGGCUCCCCGAGCCCAUCUUCUGGCAUGGCAGUGUCAGCAUAUUCCGGCAGUUCAUGCCAGAAACCAUGCAGGAGGACGACAGCAUCACGCUGGACAACAUCAGCCUGAGCAGGCAGCACCAGGAGCUGCAGGACCAGAACCUCUCCGAGCUGCGUUAGCAGUGGCAGGCACUGGCCCGGUGCAAGGUCACUGCCCAGAGACAGCUUUGGGAGGGCAGAGGCCAGCCAGGGCUGGGCCUGUCCUGGUCACAGAGGGUGCAAACUCCCAACCUGUGUGGUGCUGCUACGGAGCUGCAGCCAGUGAGGCCUCUGCUGCCACUGGGGAGACCCCGAGGAGGGC